CAAACCUGACCAUCUGUGCGUUGAGUUCCAACGUAAACGGCCGUCUCAUCCGGUACUAGCACAUGUGUCCUCAAGCUACCUACAGGAUGAAUCAUCGCGUACGCUGCUUGAUAAGCCCUUCGUCUAAGCGUCGCUACGAAUCUUAUAACGUAAGGUACUCCUUGCACUCGGUGAGGAUGGCACGGAAUCAAGCCAUCGCGACUCGCAUAUCAUCUCCGAAAGUGAGAGAUGGACGACGUGCCGCGCGAGAGACAUCUUUUGCCUGCUGCGAUUGAUUAUCGCGCCGAACACAGUCCCGAACGAAUCUGGGCCUAUUUUGCAAAGAGCGACACCGAUGUUCAAGAGGGGUUUCGUCCGGUAACUUACCAGGCAUUCGCCAAGGCCAUCGACGCAACGGCAUGGUGGCUGGAUGAGGUUCUCGGGCCUGCAAAGCCAGGUUUCCCGACGGUUGCAUAUAUUGGUGCUGAAGAUGUGCGCUAUAUCUUCCUCUUAUAUGCCUGUAUCAAGACCGGACGAAAGCUUCUGAUUCCGUUUCCCGCCAACACGGAAGAAGGGCUGGUCAAAUUGCUUGAGGCGGCCAAAUGCGCCGUCGUUGCCGCCCCCAAAGCAUCCUCGGGGCCAUGGAAAGCGGCCAUGCAGUCGAUGCCGAGCCUUGAUCUUAUCGAGGUGCCACCGCUGAGAUCGCUCAUCGAUCAGGACCUGGUCCAGCCUUAUCCUUACCCCAAGACCAUGGACGAGGGGAUCGACGAUGACAUGUUCGUAUUUCAGACAUCAGGCACGACUGGAAACCCGAAACCCAUCUUCAAAUCGCACAGGGCCUACGAAGUUUGGCGCCGCAUGGUGGAAACGACGCAGCGCUCGCCCGCCAGUCUGAAGAUAGCCAUGUUCGACGCCUACAUUGACAGCUACAACCCCAUCUUCCUACCACUCUCAUGGUCCGCGACCGUGACGCUCAGCGCAAUUGCGCCGAUUCUCACGGGCUCUGUGCCGAUUUUCAUGCCGGGAUCGUGGAAACAACCCGCCUCUCCAGCUCAAAUCUACGAAGCGCUGCCUCUGAUCCCCAGGAGCCGGCACAAUAGCAUUCUCUUCAUCCCCGACAUCCUCCGAGAGUUCGUCCGGCUGCCUGAGCGUCUUGACGCCUUGAAGCAAUUUGACGUCGUCAUGUACGCAGGAGCGGGACUGGAUCGAGCCACGGGAGACACGAUUUGGGAGAAGACUGGCGUGCGCGUCCAGUCGAACAUGGGGUCGACGGACUCGGAUUUGUAUCCAACGCUGGUGCAGCACGACCCUGCGCAAUGGUAUGUGCAUCGUCUGCACCCGGAUUGCGAGGGGUUCCACUUCCAGCACUACACCGAGGACUUGUACGAGACGCGGCAGUCCAACGACACGCGCCACUGUUUCAUCACGGAGCCGCAGAGAACUGUGUUUCACACGAGAGAUUUGUUUAAAAAAGUGCCUGAUCACGAAGACUCUUACACAAACGCCGGGCGUGUCGACGAUUUCAUCAAGCUCGGCACUCUCACCAAAUUCAACGGGAUAGAAGUCGAGCAGAAACUCGACGGUCAUGUCGAUAUAGAAGGCUCGCUAGUCGGGGGCCAUGAACGGCCACGCCCAUUCGUCAUCUUACAAGUGUCUCCCCGUUUACUGCAAGAAGGGGUGAAGCAGGAUGUGCUGAAAGAACUCUGGCCAAUCUUCGAAGAUGUGAAUCGGACUUUGCACGCCGAUGCCCAUCUCACUAAGGACCUCACUCUGAUUGCAGACCCGGAGAGACCUCUGAAGAGGACGGCCAAGAACACGCUCGACCGGCGCAGUACGCUGAGAAUGUACGAGGAUGAGAUUGGGCGUUUGUAUGGGGCAGCGCUGGAAGCGUAAUAAUUUCAGGGAGCGCAUUGCUACGCUAGAAAUCAAAGCCCUUCGAGUUUAGACAGGCUACCGCCCUAUGUACUCCGUGUUGGUGGCUCUUGUAUCACUCCGUUGGUGCGGUUCUCGCGAUCCGUGCGAUCCGUGCGAUCCGCUUAAGGCUGGCGAUCUCAGCCUUGCUAACUUAGGUAGGAAUCCGCCCGAAAGUCGGAUGACACCCGGGCCAUUCCGGGUACAUGAGAGACUCG